UCACGCCAGUUAUUCCUGUGCAGGUAAUUUGUGUUGGAGCGCAUCUCUUUAACAGCCCAGUUGAAAUGUCGACUUGGUGAAGUGGGAGUUUAUUUGACAGUUCUCCCAGCUGAGCAUGUCACGGGUUCAUGACAUGGAUGUAUAACUUCUGAGCAUGGAGAUGGUGCUUGUCAGCAAUCGUUACUUCAGAAAGAAAAAACCCAAAGCGUCGAUGAAGAAGGUAACGAGCUGGUGAUGGAUAUGGACGUGAACAGACUGGAAUCUGUUUGAACAGGAGAACAUGACGAGGACUGAAAUGAGGUGGAAUAAAUUGCUGAUGGACAGCCACCAGUGAAUCAGUGAAUAGUAGUGCCUCAGAGACAGAACUCGGGCCCGUUCUCUCAUGGACCUGUGCAGCAGGAACCCAAACCGCACGGUGCCUAUGAGCGAUGGCGCACCAAGGCGAGCUGAUGUACCCCUGUGCUCCAGAACAAAUGGGUGGAGCUGGCCUCCUCACCCCUUCCAGCUGUUGGCGUGGCUUCUCUACCUUUACUUUGCUGUCACAGGCUUUGGAGUUUUCAUCCCUCUGCUGCCAUCGUACUGGAUACCGGCUGGCUAUAUCUGUACAGGCAUUACGUUCGUCUGUCACCUGCUUGUGCACCUGACCGCUGUCUCCAUCGACCCUGCAGACUAUAACGUCAGAGCAAAGAGCUACAAGGGACCACUGCCUGUGUUCGACCGCACAAAACACGCACACGUCAUCGAGAACUGCCACUGUUACCUCUGUGAGGUGGAUGUAGGGCCGAAAUCCAAACACUGCAGUGCCUGUAAUAAGUGUGUGGCCAGAUUCGAUCACCACUGCAGAUGGCUGAACAACUGUGUGGGCAGCAGAAACUAUUGGGUUUUCCUGAACAGUGUCAUAUCUGCUCUGCUCGGCAUAUUUUUGGUUGUGAUCAUCGCAACGUAUGUUUUCAUCGAGUUCUUUUUGGAUCCAUCAAAGCUUCGGUCUGAUAAACACUUCCAGCAAGUGAAGAACGAGUCUGUGGUGUGGUUUGUGUUCUUGCCGGUGGCUCCGGUGUCUACAACAGGUCCAGCUAUCCCUGCGCUGGCAGGAGUGACCAUCACGAUGGGGCUUCUUUCGUCAUUGCUGCUCGGCCAUUUACUCUGUUUCCACAUCUACCUCAUGUGGAACAAGCUGAGUACAUACGAGUACAUCGUUCGACAGAGACAUCGCCAUGAGGCACUAGACACAAACAAAGGCCCUUCAGGGAACGAGCCUGGAGUUCCCAAGAUGAACCUCAUCAAGGAUGUGAGCUACUCGGGUACUCUCGGCUACACCAAUCCUGAGAUGGAGGUGGAGGAUCCUGGCACCAGGAGCUCACAUGGAAAUCCUGAGUUGUAUGGUAACGGCAGGAUCAGAAACUCGCUAGAAAGAGUGGCUGAUGAGGAGCUACUCCCUACUGUAUCCACGGAGAAUAAACCAGCACCCCGUCCUUCCAGAAACAUGCAGAAGAAAAAGAAGAAAGUGCGUAAAAUACCAGCAGAAGUGAUCAGUGACCGAGUCCCAGAGAUGAGCACGAGCAGGGGCCUGGCACCUCAUUCAGCUGAGCAAGACUCCUCCAUAGCUGCUGCCACUCUGUCCUCAUCCCUCAGUCAGCGCCUCCCUUUCCCAGCAUUCCCUGUGCGGGUGACCCUCCCCCCUCUGGCCCCUGUGCAGGCUGCCGGCCCCCCGGCUGAGUACCACUCUGAUUCCGCAGAGUCUCUGGAGGAGAUCCCUGUAGCGCUGGCACGCCUGGGCACUGCUACACCGGCACGUGUGCCCAUCACUACAGUCAGCCAUUCCUCCUCCACGCAGCGCGUUUUACUUCAGCCAUUACCCUCUCCACAACCCAGGACCACAAAGAAAGCUGUGGCUCGCAAGGCUGCAGAGGAGAGAUUUGAGAUGGCGUCCCAUAAUCCUUUCGUGUUCGUCAGUAGAGGAAGUGGAGAGACUGCCUUAACUCUGGACGGCACCGGAGUAGAGGAUGGACUCGGUUACGUCGGAAAACGCAAGCACACAAGCAAGAGGAGAGGCACAGACGAGGCGAGGCUCGGCUCCAGAACACACACGCCGCUAGCAUAGGAGUACAAGUGCCAUGAUUUAUCUGGCUUAGCAAAAAGCUGCAUCAUAAAAAUAUGAAUCCACUGGCACUACAAUCUCAGAUGUAGCAACAAAAGCUUCCGUUGACCUAUGCAACCACUGCCGAGUGUCGGCUUUUACAACUGGAGCCUGAUGGGAUCUUUAUGAAGAAAAAAAUGCAGUUUUAUUUAGCGUUUCAUUUAUUUCAAUACAUUUUGCUAACAACUUCUCUUGUAGCAUUGCACAUUUUUUUUUUAAUUUUAUUUAUCGUUAGUUUUAUCAACUAUUAAUUCAUAUUGAAUGCCAAAGCUCAUUGUGUCCAGUCUAUAGCAGAUUGAUAUAUCUGUUGACUGUUGCUCUAAACGUAAAAUCAGUUUUGUUUUUUUUCCACAUAAUUCCUGUAUGCUUUUAUUUUUAGCUGUAAUGUUAUGACUGAUGUUAAUUUUUACAAUGGGACAUUUUCUUAUAUUAUGACUCCCCUACUUUAACAUUUAAUUCUUACACUUGCAGAAGUGACACUCGUGUCCCAAUGGAGUCUUAAACUCUACAGUACGGUCCUCCUCCAUGUCCACACUCUGCUGAUUUAUUUGAGAUGUGUGUGAGAGAUUCAGGCACAAAGGUGUAAAAGCAAGUAUUUGGGGCGGUCCUUAAAUCUUCAUUACAUUCCAGUUGUGUUGGUUAACGAUAGCUCGCCAUUCCGCGACGGCAGCCGAGGGUCACGACCACAACACUGCACAGUAAUUAGUAAUUACUCUCGGAUGCUUGCGCUGAUUUAUAUGAAGAAAAAGUUCAUAAUCUUUUCCAAAGACCGUGUUCCUUAAGAUCAGACUGACAAAUUGAAAUGAUUUCGCAUAACUCUGUCCAUUUUCUUAACAGGAUUUGUUUCACCAAGCUCUUUAUUCUCAUGCUGUUUGAUGAUAAAUUUAAUAACUAAUAGAGGUCUGUGUAGGAAUUUUUUUUCCGUUUCCAAAGGAUUUCUGUUCAUACACCUGCAGAACGUUUUUCUGUUUCCACAUGGCCGUAAUAUUUUCUAAUAAAAUGAGCUAGUUCUAACAAAUGACUGGUUAACCCACAGUGACACUGACGAGAAUAAAGUUUUUACUGACGACUGAACACAGUAAACACAUUGCACAGUGGUGUUUAAGCAUCCAGUAUACAGUACUACCAUCAUGUUAAUAAAUGUGGCCUUUAUUUUUCUUUCUGUUGUUGGAUUGAACAUUGCUGCAUUCACUUUGCCUCGCUCUUACCCAACCCAUCCACUGUGACCGCUUCUUGUAAAUCAUUGCAAACUGUUUUAAAUAAGGGACCACUGCUGGGUAGGCAUGUAACGAUUCACCAAAUUCAUGAUUUGAGUUGAUUUUUCUCAUGAUAUUUUUUUAAUUAAAAUUUAAAUGCAACAUUUAUUCUCUCAUCAACUUAAGUAUUUUUGUUAAAUUAAAAAACAACAACUUUUGUUUCAUUUUCUUAAUAACCAACAAUUGCGACAUAUUUGUAAUUAUUUUUUUCGCGGUCCGGUUUCCGUCAAAUCUUGCGCUCUGAUUGGCUGGCGAGCGGGUCUGUAUCCUACGAUACGGACCCCGGUUAUGGACCUCUGGCGACUCACUUGUUCACAACAGCAAAUAACAUAGUAGCAUUUUUUGUCAAUAAAGGCUUUUUUUUUUUUUUUUUAAAUAAGAUUUAUUUAUAAGAUUAUCAAAAAUCUUGUACAUUUUUGCCAGCAUUUGUCAGGAGAAUAGCAUUAAUUUUACAGCAUGGAUCGCGAUAAUGACAGUCUUCACAGCGAAAGCGAGUUUUACUACCCUGAGGAAGAAGAAAUAAAAGAAAACAUUUCGGGGAAAAAGCUAAAAACCUGUAACUGUUGCUAACGCCGAGCAAAAACAUGGCUGAAUCCUGAAUGAUUCCUAUUUGUAUAAAUAGGGGACUACAUAGGCAGCAAAAUGUAGUUUUUUUCCUGCCAUGGAAGUGCACUUGUAUACUGAGGAGGAAGCCAUUUGCAUUGCAGCCAUGAAUGAAGAUUCAAAAUGGCGGCUCGCCUCGGUUUCAGUUAGAAUUUGGUAAAAAAAUAUAUAUAUAUAUUAUUUAUCAGCUUAAGGUCGGUCCGUAUGGUGAAAUACCGUGACCUCGGCCUUGAAUACUGACCUCGGCCCAGAGGGCUUCGCUCAGUACUUUCAAGACCUCGGUCACGGUAUUUCACGAUACGGACCUCCCAGCUGGUAAAUAACAUAUAUAUAUUUAGAGUAUUUAAGAGUUAUUCCAUGAAAUCGAGUCGUGAGUGAGCUGACGAGGUGCGUAGCACCAAGUUGGUUAUAAGCCAUGUACGAUGAGAUUGAGUGGAAUAACUGUUUUAUUCUAUCUACAUUCACUGGAUUUUGAGAAACAGAGCUUUUUUUUUUUUUUACUUUUUGCAAAUUCUAUAGAUAAAAACUUUAUACAAAAUGUCCAACAAAAUCAUUUCUGCUUAGAAUGUAAACAAACCGGUGAAAUGGCAGGGGCAAUUUGUGAAAAAUGCAAUAAUAAGAAUAAUAAUUACAAUAAUAAGCCUUUAUUUGUCACAUGUACACUCAAGCACAGUGAAAUUUGUCCUCUGUAUUUAACCCAUCUGAAGCAGUGGACACACACAUGCACACACAAGUGAGCAAUGAGCAGCCAUGCUACAGCGCCCGGGAAGCAGUUCCGGAUUAGGUGCCUUGCUCAAGGGUGCUUCAGCCUAUGGCCACCCCCAUGUUAACCUAACCACAUGUCUUUGGACUGUGGGGGGAAACUGGAGGAAACCCACAUCGAUACAGGGAGAACAUGCAAACUCCACACAAUACGGCCCCCGUUGGCCACUGGGCUCAAACCCAGAACCUUCUUGCUGUGAGGUGAUGAUGCUAACCGCUACACCACUGUAAAAUUUAUAAUUUAAAAAAACAAAAAAACAUACAUGCUUACCAUCAAAUACUUUCUUUCCAUAUUUUUUUUUUGGUAUUUUGUUUUCAAGUAGAGUUUUUAUUUCAUCCUCGGUUGGUUCAGCAACACGCGCCGCCAUUUUGUUUUUCUCCACUCAUGAUAUAUGAGCUGAUAGCCUAGUAUUAGAGUAGCCAAUCAGAGCAUGUGAUUGCUCAUAUCCAGUGAAUGUGGAUAGAAUAAAAUAUAAUAGCCUGUUAACUAAAAUAUUUCAUCCAUUUAAAAAAAAAAUUAUAACAAAGACCUUUUCAUAAUAAACUUUUAUGAACAUUUGUACUUCCUUUAUUUUCUUCUCUUUAGCUUUCAGCAGUCUGUAAAAAGAGAGCUCUGAUUUCUUGUUCAGUCUCUUUGUAGAGUCAGUCGCACAACACGUUUUUCCCAUUUUAGACCUGUUUUUUUGUGCCAUUAGAGCUGUGUUACUUCUGCCUACAGUGAAGUCACAUGCAUUCCUGUUAUUUUAGAUUACUCUUCUGUCUAAACAGUGACAUUUCAGUGAGGAAAAACUAAGACAUUAUGGAGCCUGAUAACAAUCGUGAUUAAUUGAUUUGAAUAAUUGUAAGUUUGUAUCAUGAUUUAUCGUCACACAUGAAAUAAAUCGUUACAUGCCUAUUGCUGAGUAUAUUUUGCGGCAGGUUUUGUUAAAGGGUGCAGUAAGUGUGCAUAGUGAGCACUGUUUGUUUUGAAGCCAUAAAUAAGAAAUGUAACAACUUAUGCCUAAGUGAGGAUCGCAGACCUGCAAGCGUGCCGUUUGGGACCGGGACUGUAUCUGCACACGUGGUUUUUUUUUUUUUUUUUGUAUGGUAAUUUGUCCGAAACUUGCAGUAUUUUCUUUUUAGAACCGUCAAGGCACAAUAUAUUUUCUGUGGAUUACUAUUGGGGGGGGAACCCUUGUUGUUUGUUUUGUGUCGUCUUGUGUCUUGGCAACACUAAUGGAUAAAUCAUGCCAAUUUUGAAGCUUGUUUUUAGGCUGAUCUUAAACACUUAUUUUCCUGGAUUAUCCUGUGGUGUAGGGUGUGUAAAAUCCAGCUUUAACCCCAGUCUACUCACGGUUCAGACGUGGCCAACCUGAUUUACACACGUAUAAACAUGUUCAAUAUUUAUGACUUAUCUUCCAACAUUACAGGAUGUUCUGUUGAAUAUCUUCUGUAAAAGCUCAGUCUUAACAGUGUGUGUUUAAAGCUGGUAUUAGAAAAUGUGUGGUGUUGGGCUAAACAUGUAAUGUGUGGGUUCAUUGACUGAAGGACAAUCCAGUGCAAAAAAAACAAACAAAAUGUCUCAUAGUUUAUAUCAUCUUUUAUGACGGUUUAAUUUUACUUUGCCCCAGGCAUAAAAUAAUUUGUUGCAAAAUCUCUCUUCUUGUACAGCACUGU